GAGAAAUUCAUACACAUUCAGCCCAAAACUCGGACGCGACAGGCAGUUAGGCACCUAAGAGCAAACAGGAGCUAUGGCGGCUAUCAGGAAAAAGCUGGUGAUCGUGGGAGAUGGAGCAUGUGGGAAGACCUGUCUACUCAUAGUGUUCAGCAAAGACCAGUUUCCAGAAGUCUACGUGCCUACUGUGUUCGAGAACUACAUUGCUGACAUUGAAGUCGACAGCAAACAGGUGGAGCUGGCAUUGUGGGACACAGCAGGACAGGAGGACUAUGACCGUCUCAGACCUCUGUCUUACCCAGACACAGAUGUCAUCCUCAUGUGCUUCUCCAUAGACAGUCCCGACAGUUUAGAGAAUAUCCCAGAAAAGUGGACGCCGGAGGUAAAGCACUUCUGCCCCAACGUUCCCAUAAUCCUGGUGGGCAAUAAGAGAGAUCUGCGUACUGAUGAGAACACACGGAGGGAGCUGACUAAGAUGAAGCAGGAGCCAGUUAAAAUAGAAGAGGGCAGGGACAUGGCUAACCGCAUUAGCGCCUUCGGCUACCUGGAAUGCUCAGCUAAGACUAAGGAUGGCGUGAGGGAAGUUUUUGAAAUGGCCACCAGAGCGGCGCUGCAGGUUCGCAAGAGGAAGAAGAGGAGCGGGUGCUCACUGUUGUGAGAGAAGCUUCCGGUAUUUUCCAGAAUGAUCUCUCAGAUGACCAGGAAAUACCAAACUCUACACACACACACACACACACACACACACACACAAAAAAUAUGUCUUGACCAAACAACAUAAAUACACUGGACUGUAUGUCACAUUUCAUGCAAACCCACAGGUGGAAACGGAGGAAAGUAAAUAAAAUAUGCAUUAAACAGGAUGGCAGGAUAUACACGCACAUAUAGGUAUACGUUUUCCUGUUUUUUAGAAUAACUUGUUUUCCAGUUUGUACUGUAUGGAUGGCAUCAGUCAUAAUGGUAUGUAUUUUUGCACAUUUAUCAACUGACCAUUAUAACUGAAUCUGGUAAGAGGACAUUUUUACAUUUUAAUGUAAUCAAAACUAAUAUCACAAAAUGGAAAUCUCUUAAUAGCACAGAAUAAUUUGGUAAUAAAAACAGUGCCUUCAUGAUCAUUCCCUCCACAAUUUGAAUGUAUAAAAAAGUGCAAGUUUUGAGCUUCUCCUUGACUUUAAAACUCUUUUCUAGUAGUGAAUAACUCUAUGAGCCAAUUAAAUGUGUUUAAAGGUGCAAGCUAUCCUGUAAUAAAGAGUAUUUCUAGCUUUUGCAUUACCCUAAGUAAAUACCAAUUACAUGUCAUCACAUUUUGAAAGCUUGGUGAGGUCUAAAAAACCAUCUGCUAACCGGUGGUGUGACAUUUUUCUUUUAUAUUUUCUGUUUGUCGUCCACACGGGCGUAAACAUACAUGUGUGCAUGUGGAUUGAGCUGUGUAGAUCCUAAACUGGUUGAACCUGCCUGAAUACUCGUCACUGAGCUCAUGCUGUCACAUAAUCUGACUUAUUGUUCUCACAUUAGCCGUCUUAAAGGGACAGUUCACCAAAAAUGAGAAUGUGCUGUUUAUUUAUUUACUUCAGGCCAUCCAAGAUGAAGGUGCUUUUUUUCUUGAGUGGAACAUCAAAGGUUUUUUGCUGAAAAUGGCUGCCAAAAAAAAAAAAAAAAUUACCUUUGGAUAUUGAUGAUACCAUUAAGGUUGGUUUAUAAUGCUUUUUAUUUAAUCCUAAAAACUCCUCAAUGUUCUUCUGAAUAAAAUGUCAUCAUCUUUUCAAAUGGCCAGAGGGAAGUGGUAACCGUUCACUAAAUCCUAGAACAGGGAUUCUCAAACUCUGUCCUGGUGUCCUGCAAAGUUUUGCUCCAACCCCAAUCAGACAUCGGGGCUAGUUAAUCAAGCUCAUUAUCCCUGAUCACACUGCACUCUUCACCCCAUAGACUUACGCAUGCAAAUGCGGCAGAUCGUGUGACAAGUUUCGCAGUUCACUGCAUUUGUAAGUUCAAGUUUGGUGAACUCUGAUCUGUGAAAUUGCAUUAUAUGAAUGCGUGAGACCAAUCGAAGAUCAAAACAUGACCUCUUUGGGCAAAAAUGUAAAAUAUGGACCAGUCACUUGCUUUGUAAAUGUCUGAUCAUCUUGCUUAAUCCAGUUUCUUUUCGCAGCUAUACAACAGAAUUUAGCACACACAAACUCUAAUGUGUAGCAUUAAUAGGCUUUCUAGAAACAUCCUUGCAGGGGUGUUGAGGCAAGUUGGAGCUAAAAUCUGCAGGACACUCGUCCUCCUUGUCCAAGUUUGAUAGCCCCUUACCUAGAACGGCAAAAUUCCCUGUGAACAUGCAAAUAACAACAGCAUUACUGAACAAUGAACCCACAGUACACCUAAACAGUGCAUGAUGACCUUUUAAACAUAAUAAUAGUGAACAGUGUUAUAUUAAAAACAAGUCUUUUCUUGUUGUUCCAACCUUUUGUUUUGUUAGUUUUAAGUGUAAAGAAAUAAAAUAAAUAAGACGCUAUAUUAAAUUAUAUACUAUUAUUAUUAUUAAUAUUAUUAUUACUUUAGUUUUUCUGCUGUCAUUCCCCAUAUUUAGAUGUUACAUUUAAACAUGUUCAAGAGUUGUUACUAAUGGGUUAAUGUGCUUAUCCAAGUAAAGUCAAAUAAAAUAUUUUAUUUAUACACCCUCA